AUGGAGCAGGACCCUCACAACAGCCCUGCCAGGUGUUUUUAUUUGGGGUGCUGCAAGAAAUCCAGCCGGGACAGGUCUGUGCCAUGUGUGAUUUACCGCUUUGUGGGCAGCGUGAGCGAUGCCUUUGGGGCCCUGCUAUCCAAGCAGCUCCCCAUCCAGGUCUUCACUGGCGUCUACCUGGCAGCCAUUGAGGUGGUCAGCCUCAUAUUGCUUCUCUUCCCCAUCUGUGGCUCUGAGAUUAAGCCCGAGCUGGGCAGAUGCUCCCGGGAGAGGAUGAGGAGGAAACUCCGGGCCGGCAUAUUUGUCCUCCUUGUGCCCCUGGGGGUGGGCACUGGCUGGCUCGCCCUGGCUCCCCCGGCUCCAGCCGCCCUGGAAUUCCGUGGAGCACAGAGAAGGCUUCUGGGAAGUGUGCUGCAGGAGAAUCCAGAAGCCCUUGGCUACCUGCUGGGAGGGGUUGGCCUGAUUGUCUCUUGGACUUCCCGAAUCCCUUCAUUCUCUAAAAUCUGCCAAGGGAAAGCCUUCUCGUGCCUCCAUCUGUGGGCCAGGGGCUUUUCGGCCCUGGCUGGUUUUCUCUACACCUCUGCCAUUGUGGCUCAUGAUCGGCAACCUGAAUACUUGCUCCGUGCUGUUCCCUGGUUCCUCAUCUCCCUGGGCGCCUCCACACUUGACCUUGCUCUUAUUUUCCUCUCUUGUGUGGUGCAAAGCAAAAUGAGGCGAGUGCUGGGAUUUUCCAUUGAGGCCACAGAGACCCCUGACAUGCAAGCCCUCCUGACAUUCGCUGAAAGGGAAGAAGACAACAGACAGGAAGAGGUGGAGGAGGAAAAGAACUCCAACUGGGUCCCACUCCACAUGCUCCCCCACACCAAGUAUCUGCAGAAGAUGGCGGCCAUUGGCCGUUACAUGGAACUGACCAUUGAACAUGUGCAGGAGGUAGGCUGCAGCACCACGAGGUUCCCAGGGGACGGCCAGACAGGUACCAGGGACGCGUUGCUCCAAGCCCCCCCAUCCCUGCUGGAGCCGCCCGCCUACCCCCCCAUCCAGGUCAUCCACGCCAAGGUGUCCUCGACCAGCUCCUCAGAGGUGUCUUCCAUCAGCUCUGAGCUGGAGCAGAAGUAUUGGGAGGCCCUGAACUCAGAGCAGUGGGACUCUGAAGAUGUGAAUCUUCCACGGAACAGAGGCAGCACGGAGACACCCAGAGCUCCGGCCCAGGAGGGUCCAGGCCGACAAGCCCCCCCGACAGCUGCUGCUCAGUGAGGCCUUGGGGCCAGCCCGUCUGUGGGGACGUGCCGUUAGUAAGCACAUCAUCAGGCUCCCUGGGGGUGCUCCACACACACACACCAGCUAGGGGUGACCUUUGUCAGACCUCACAAUGCCCUGAGAUUGUCAGGAGAGGGCAGGAAUGACUGGAUGAUUCCCUGAGGGAGAACUCUUUGACCGUGCACCCUGUGAAGAGGAGUGAGACAUGCCGAGGUGUCUGCUGGACACAGAUCCGCACCACUCAUGGGCCAUGGUGUGGCUGGCCAAAACUGUGCUCUUUUUGCAAAGAAAGUGACCACAGAGGCCAGGGUCCUGAAGAAGCCGGCCCCUUCUCAGGUUUGGGUUUUUCAUCCUUCAUUCCUUCAUUCAAAAUGACUGUAAUUAAUCCCAUAGUCUAUCUUAUGAGCAGGGAGAGCCUCGACUGAAUAAGGCAAGGUGAGGACCUUCCAUCCAAGCAGAGAUGUCAGGGCCCUCUCUGCCCUUUCCAUUGCCGUCCGCAUCAUCAGCGUCAUCCCCAGCUCUCCCUAGAUGCCAGCCUCUCUCCUCUUCACUCUCCCAUUCAUCAUUCAUUCAUUCGUUCAUGCAUUCAUUCAGCAGCAUGUAGUAGGUGCCUGCCAGAGCCAAUCACCAGGCCCAGGCCGGGGGCAGGGAGGCUGGGGAAAUAAAGGCAGAAGAGGAUACUUCCACACUCUAGGGGGAAGGCUGCAUUCUAAUGUGGGAGACACUGGAAGCCCCCACAUGGUCUGGACAAAUUCAUUUCAUUGUUACUGUUGCAGGGAGAUAUGAACAGGUCUCCCAGCAAGGGCCUGAGGCUGCCCUCUGAGUCUCCCCUGGAGGAUCCAGAAGUGACCAGGGCAGCCCCCUUUCUGCACCUGGGUGGCCAUGGGCCUUGCUCCGUGGUCUGGCCUCUGGGCCAGGGGAGAGAGGGACCCUGUCCUGUUUUUCAGCUGAUGUCAUUUUAAGCACAUUUGAAAUGCAGGGGCCUGGACUGGUGCCCCAAAGGUUAGCUAAGCACAAGAGGCCGGGCUCCCUGCUUUCUUCUUGGAGUCGAGCCCAAGGCUGUCAAAUGGCCCAGUUGUUUGGGGUGCCAGCAUCAGCCUGCACUGCGGGCCAUCCACACCAAGCUGAAACUGAGGGGCCCAAAUGAUAAACACCAAUAAAGGGAGCCUCCUGUAUACUGCUGCUUGUGCGCACAAGGGGAGCCUGUCCCUACAUCUGAGAGAUGGGUUCAAAUCCUGCCAAGAUGAGGAAGAAGGGAGGAAGGGGGUCUGCUCCUGCACCUGGUCUCCUCUAGGCCAGGGGUUUGCAAAGUGGGGGCCAUGUGUCCAUCCAGCCAGAGGCCCUCCUCCUGGGCUGGUCACCAGCACAACCCCGCCGUGAUAGCUCCUCUCCCUACCAACGACCAGCGAUGGUAGCCAGGGUGGUUAUACCCGAAUCCUGCCCAUAGCAGCUGUGCUCUCAACUCUGGGGCAGUAAGCGUUCCCCUCACUUCCUGCUCCCCACUCCCCACAUGUUUUGGUGGGAAAGAGGGAGUCAGCAAGGAUAGGAUGCAUUGCAGAUCUCAUGAUGUUAUCUUUCCCCCAAACCUGCCUGUCUCCUGAACUUCCUCAUUUUGUUCAGCUGAAACUCCCCUCUGAAGUCACCCAUGCUCCCUGUAUGGCCAAAUCCAAUGGUUUUUUCAGUCCUCAUCCUUCUGGGAUCCUCAAUAGCCUUUGCCACUGUCCAUCACAUUCCCUCUUCUCUGGGUUACUCCAGAUGAUCUGUUGCUUGUAAAAAUGUUCCUAUGUGCAUAGAGGCAACCAGCGUGUUAGCAGGGAGAUGACUGGCCUUAGAGCAGGGGAGACCUGGGCCCCCUGGCUGGGGACCCUGGACAAGGGCCACCUCUCAGGCCACUCCUGAAGAGAGGCCAUCAGUCACAGAGAAGACACUGGCCCCAGUGGACAUGAGAGCUUCCUCCUCCACGAGUGAGUUCCCCAUUCUAAUUUUAUAACUUAUUUUAAAAUGUUUCAAUAUUUUAAAUAUUUUAAAAGGGUUUCAAUAAACUUUGAACUCAUUUAGAAAAUCCCUUUUAUUUAUAAAAGUAUAAAAAUGCAAUGCCUUCCAAGGAGUUUGAAAGAACAACAUUGACGGAGACUGAAGGGUGCUCGCUGAAUUUGAACAAAGACCUACCCAUGCAUGGUUGGUGGAUAGGAUUGAGAAAUGGGAGUCACUCAUCCAGUGGGGCAAGGCUUCCCUCUGGGUCUUUGGGCCUGCUCUUCAUGGGCUCCAGCCUUUGAAAGCAAGGACCCCCAAAUGACCCACUUAGACUCUGUCACUGAACCACUCUAUCUCAGCAGGGUUAAACCAAGGUCAUCAAAAAACCCUGAUGAGUCUCAUUCAUGUGAUUCUCACCCAAAAUGCCAUGAUUGGUCAUUUUAGUUCAGGAUAUUUUAGGGAGAACAAAAAUGCUUUUGUACUGUGAAUAAAUAAAAUUUUUCCACAAUAUUACUUCA